AUGCCACCCGCCCCAUAUGUUCCACCCAUUCCAUUUCCAAGCCGUCUUAAGGAAGCAAAGCAAGAUAAGCCUUUUAAAGAGAUUUAUGAUAUUUUAAGUAAAGUUAAUAUCAACUUGCCUUUGCUUGAUAUUGUUGAACAGAUUCCUGCAUAUGGAAAGUUCAUCAGGAACUUGAAAACUCACAAGCUCAAUUUUGCUCCAAAUGAAGAAGUAAAGCUUAACAAGAAUGUAAGUGUUGUGUUGCAAAGGAAGCUUCCACUAAAACUAGAAGAUCCUGACAACUUUGACAUUCCCAUUAACAUUAGAGACAAAAAGGUUGGAAGAGCCAUGUUGGACUUGGGAGCAAGCAUCAAUCUAAUGCCAUAUUCAGUUUAUCAAAAGAUUGGCUUGGAAGGGAUGAAGAAGACUUCAAUUUGUCUUGAACCAGCUGAUCAUUCUAUCAAAUAUCCAAAAUGUAUUGUAGAAGAUAUUCUAGUUUAA